CGUGAAUUUUGCCGCAAUGGAGAAACCCUCGUCGGAGAAUGACUCCUCAGGAGCUUGCACUUCCGGAUCAUACGCGGCGGAGGAACAGGCGGUCAAGGAUCAGCUGAACUACAUGGAGGACGAGGAGGAGCUUCAGGCCCUUGCUCGGAGCCAUGGCGAUUCUGACGAGAAGGAUUAUGAGAUAACCGAUGCUGCUGGUGCUGUGGAAGAGGUCGAAAAUGAGGAAGAUGAUGAAAAUGCAGAUGAAGUAUCUAAACGCGAACGAGCUAGGCUAAGAGAAAUGCAGAGAGUAAAGAAGCAAAAACUACAAGAAAUACUCGAGGCACAAAAUGCUGCUGUCGAUGCUGACAUGAAGAGUGGAAAGGGCCGCCUCAACUAUCUCUUGAAGCAGACAGAGUUAUUUGCACAUUUUGCCAAGGCUGGUCAGUCUUCGCAACAUAAAAAGGCGAAAGGAAGAGGUCGCCAUGCCUCGAAGUUAACUGAAGAGGAAGAAGAUGAAGAAUAUCUCAGAGAGGAGGAAGAUGGCCUUUCUGGCGCUGGAAAUACGAGGCUAGUGGCACAACCAUCUUGUAUUCAGGGCAAAAUGAGGGAUUACCAACUUGCUGGCUUAAACUGGUUGAUACGCCUUUAUGAGAAUGGCAUUAAUGGAAUACUUGCUGAUGAAAUGGGGCUUGGUAAAACAUUGCAAACCAUAUCCCUACUGGGCUACUUGCAUGAAUUUAGAGGAAUCACUGGCCCUCACAUGGUUGUUACACCUAAAUCCACACUUGGAAAUUGGAUGAAGGAGAUCAAAAGGUUUUGUCCUAUUUUGCGCGCUGUAAAGUUUCUUGGAACUCCUGAUGAGAGAAGUUAUAUACGCGAAGAAUUACUUGUUCCUGGCAAGUUUGAUGUUUGUGUGACAAGUUUUGAAAUGGUCAUUAAGGAAAAGGCUGCCUUGCGCCGGUUUAGCUGGCGUUAUAUCAUUAUUGAUGAGGCGCAUCGAAUCAAGAACGAAAACUCCCUUCUGUCUAAAACGAUGAGGCUAUACAAAACUAAUUUCAGGCUUUUAAUAACUGGAACACCACUGCAGAAUAAUCUCCAUGAACUAUGGUCUCUACUUAACUUUUUGCUCCCAGAGAUAUUUAGUUCUGCUGAAACUUUUGACGAAUGGUUUCAAAUCUCUGGUGAAAGUGAUCAGCAGGAAGUUGUCCAGCAACUUCAUAAGGUUCUUCGUCCAUUCCUUCUCCGAAGAUUGAAGUCUGAUGUGGAGAAAGGUUUACCCCCUAAGAAGGAGACUAUACUCAAAGUUGGUAUGUCCCAAAUGCAAAGGCAUUACUACAGGGCUCUGCUUCAAAAAGAUCUUGAGGUUGUCAAUGCUGGGGGAGAACGUAAACGUCUCCUCAAUAUAGCAAUGCAAUUGCGGAAAUGUUGUAACCACCCGUAUUUAUUUCAAGGCGCUGAACCUGGUCCGCCUUACACUUCUGGAGAACACCUAAUAGAAAAUUCUGGCAAGAUGGUUCUUCUUGACAAGUUGCUUACAAAACUAAAAGAACGUGGUUCCAGAGUUUUGAUAUUUUCUCAGAUGACAAGGUUGCUGGACAUUCUGGAAGACUACUUGGUGUACCGUGACCAUCAGUAUUGCAGAAUUGAUGGAAAUUCUGGCGGGGAGGAUCGAGAUGCUUCUAUUGAAGACUUCAACAAACCAGAAAGUGAUAAAUUUGUCUUUCUACUAUCAACCAGAGCUGGUGGUCUUGGUAUCAAUCUUGCUACUGCAGAUGUUGUCAUUCUUUAUGACAGCGACUGGAAUCCACAAGUAGAUUUACAGGCCCAGGACCGCGCUCACAGAAUUGGCCAGAAAAAGGAAGUCCAAGUUUUCCGGUUCUGCACUGAGUAUACUAUCGAGGAAAAAGUAAUUGAAAGGGCCUAUAAAAAGCUUGCUCUAGAUGCUUUAGUUAUUCAGCAGGGGCGACUAGCUGAACAAAAAACCGUGAACAAGGAUGAACUGCUGCAAAUGGUGAGAUUUGGCGCCGAAAUGGUUUUCAGUUCGAAAGAUAGCACAAUAACAGAUGAAGAUAUAGAUAGAAUUAUUGCAAAGGGAGAAGAGGCGACUGCUGAACUUGAUGCCAAGAUGAAAAAGUUUACAGAGGAUGCUAUCAAAUUUAAAAUGGAUGAAACUGCUGACCUGUAUGACUUUGAUGAUGCCAAGAAUGAAAACAAGUUCGACCUCAAGAAAAUUGUAAGUGAAAAUUGGAUUGAACCCCCCAAAAGAGAAAGGAAACGCAAUUACUCUGAAUCAGAGUAUUUCAAGCAGACAUCACGCCAAAGUGCUCCUGCAAAGCCCAAAGAGCCUCGACAUGCCGGCCUGCCACAGCUGUAUGAUUUUCAGUUCUUCAACAGAAAGCGUCUCAAUGAGUUGCACCUAAAAGAAGUCGACUACCUUAUGGGAAAAAGUAAAAUCCAAGCGAAGGAUUCCGAUGAUGAAUCUGAAGAUGCGAGAGAUGCCUUGACGGCCGAGGAACGGGAGGAGAGAGAUCAACUGUUGCAAGAAGGUUUUGGUUCGUGGACCCGAAAAGACUUUCAGUCAUUCAUCAAGGGCUGUGAAAAAUAUGGUUGGAAUGAUGUGGAGGGGAUUGCUGAUGAAAUGGAAGUUAAAACAGAGGAAGAGGUGGAACGAUAUUUACAAGUUUUCAAGGAAAGAUAUAAAGAAUUGAGCGAGUAUGAUAAGAUCAUCAAGAGCAUUGAGAAAGGAGAGGCUAGGCUUGCUCGCAGAGACGAGAUCAUGAAAACGAUUGAGAAAAAGAUCAAUCGCUACGAGAACCCCUGGCUGGAAUUAAAGAUCCCGUACGGCCAAAACAAAGUGAAGCUAUACAAUGAAGAGUGCGACCGUUUUAUGAUCUGUAUGAUCCACAAAGUUGGCUACGGUAACUGGAAUGAGCUCAAGUAUGCCUUCCGCGAGUCGCCAAUUUUCAGAUUUGAUUGGUUUGUGAGGUCGCGGACUCCUCAAGAACUUGCAAAGAGAUGCGACACUCUUAUCCGACUGAUUGAAAAGGAGAACCAAGAAUUAGAUGAGAGUGAAAGACCAACUCAGAAAGAUAAAAACCUCGGAAAGAGUGUUGCUGCUGGUUCAUCUAGGCGAGGCGGUGGUGGACAGGAUACUGAGAGCCCCCCUCCGGGGCAGAGGAAGAGGAAGCAAUCAUUCGAUGACAGCAGCAGCGUGCAAAUCGAUUGAGCUUCGACUCUGAGGUAUGCCGAGGCUUGACCCCUACCCCUACCCCUAUCCCUACCUGCACCCCUCUUACAUGCAUGGUGUUUAUUAAUCGGAACUCUGUCUUGUUGUUAUGUUAUGUUGCUCAAACUUUGGUUGUGUUAUGUUAUGUUAUGUUGUUGUGUAAUAGACACAAACAAACAUGUUGUUAAUUUAUAAUAUGAAUGAAUGUGACAAUGGCUCUAUAUAAGUUUUUAUGUGAAAUUUCUGCUUCGAUUUAUUGCUUUUGA